CUCAGCAUGGCGCUGCGCCGCCUCGCGCUCGUGUUCCCCGGGCAGGGCUCCCAGCGCGUGGGCAUGGGCAAGGACCUGCUGGAGAAGUGGCCGCGCCUCGUGGGCGACGUGCUGGAGGAGGCCAGCGAGGCCACCAAGCUCAGUCUGCGGCGCCGCAUGACGGAGGGGCCGGCGGACGAGCUCACGCCCACGCACGUGACCCAGCCGGCGUUGCUGUCCAUGUCGGUGGCGGUGCUGCGCGUGCUGCAGCACGAGACGGAGCUGCCGCCCGUGCACUUCGCGCUGGGCCACUCGCUGGGCGAGUACUCGGCGCUGGUGGCCGCCGACGCCAUCGACUUCGCUGAGGCGGCGCGUCUGGUGCAUCUCCGCGGGUUGGCCAUGCAGCGCGCUGUGGCUCCCGGGGUCGGGGCCAUGGCCGCGCUCAUGCCCGUGCGUCCUGAAGACGCCGAGGCGCUGUGCCAAGAGGCCGCAGCCAGCACCGGGAAGGUCUGCCAGGUGGCCAACUACAACUCGAGUAAGCAGACGGUCAUCAGCGGCCACGCGGAGGCGGUGGACGCCGCUAUCAGCCAGGCCAAAGCCACCAAGAAGGCGCGCCGUGCAGUGCUGCUGGACGUGAGCGCUCCGUUCCACUGCGCACUGAUGGAGCCUGCGAAGCUGGAGCUGCACGAGCACCUGCAGCAGCUACUGGGAGACAACAAGCUGCGCGAGCCCAAGGUGCCGGUGGUGUGGAACGUCGAGGCGCAGGCGACGGCCAAGACGCCCGAGCAGAUCGCGCAGGUGCUGGAGCAGCAGGUGGUGCACGUUGUGCGCUGGAGCGACAGCGUCGACUACUGCGUGGACCAGGGCGUGGAUCACUUCCUGGAACUGGGCGUCGGCGGCGUGCUGGGCGGCCUCAUCCGGCAGCAAACGGGCAAGAGCGACGUGCUGGCCACGAGCUGCGGCACGACGGACGAGAUCAAGGCGUUCCUGAAGCAGCAGACUGUGGCGUAGAUAAGCAUAGAGGUCGAUCGUCAUCGUCGUCGUCAUCAAACAGAGACCUGCUCAUUUGUU